CAGAUGACCAAGUUAUAACUCUUAGGAGUGGCGAGGUAGAAGGUGUUGGUGGACGUAAUGUUUGCGUGGCUUUGGACGGGGGCACACCUCGAAGAAAGUGAUCUAUGAUCGAAUUUCACUCGAUUGGCUAUUUGUUCGUUUUGUCUGGUAUGUUGUCCUGUGUAGGUAGAGUAGGCGUAGAUAUUCAACGUUAGAGGCCUUUCGUUGGACCUGUUCCCUUCCAAGGAUCCUCACCAUAGUUUUUAGGAAAGCAUUGUUUUAAAUGUUCAUUUUGAAUUGGAAAAGGUCAGAGGGUCUAAUUCGCAGAAUUAGAAGAAGAAUAAUCAGUUAGAGCAAUUUGGUGACGUAUUCAACAUGGCAGAUGUAAGGUUUUCUGCUCGUGCUUACUGUAAAAUGAUUCUUCACGCAACGAAAUAUCCUCAUUGUGCAAUAAAUGGAAUUUUGCUAGCGGAAGAGCAAAAAUCUAAAGACGAUGAGAAAGGAAGAUGUUUAUUUAUCUGCGAUGCAGUACCCUUGUUUCACAUUUGCUUACACGUAACCCCUAUGGCGGAGAUUGCGCUUACUCAGAUCGACCACAUGGCUUCGACGUCAGGACUUGUACUGGCAGGAUACUAUUUAGCAAACGAAAAUAUAAAGGAUCUGAGUUAUGAGAAAUGCGGUCAGCGAAUAGCAGAUAAAAUAGCCGAGAACUUCAGUUCAGCAUGCCUUGUUGUAAUAGACAACAGGAGGUUGACAUUGAACAUGGAGAAUGUGGCUCUAUGUGUGUCUCAGUUUGUAGAUGGAAGGUGGAAGUCUAAGGAAAAGUCCAGCAUAACCCUAGACAGCAAGGCACAGAGUGUAGCAGCUUCCCUGCUGCAGAAACGAGUCUAUGAGCAGCUGGUAGACUUUGACAAUCAUUUAGAUGAUUUGAGUCAGGACUGGAGAAACCUGAAUCUGAAUCAAGAAGUGGAGGAGGAAAUGGGAACAGUUGGGUAGCACCCAGAGUGACAUGUGUGAUUGUGGGACUCCUAACAUGUGCAACAUUUUGCACACACUAACAAUAAUCUAGCAGGUAUCACAAUGGAUAUUUACAUAACAAUAUUUCAUUGGUGUGUUUUCCAAUCACCAGAAUGUCUUGAAUCACGCACAAGUGCUGUAGAAGAAGACUGCAUCAUUUCUAGCGUGUUUCAUAUAGUUUCUCCACAGCCAUGACUUGUAUACUAUUUUCUUCACUGGAAAAGGGUUCUGCUGUUGGGUUGAUCAAAGUUAGAAUUCAGAUUUCAGGAUUGUAAUGUUUUUAGUUGAUGGCAAGUGAAGAUCAUAAAUUGUUUGCUAACAUAAAAGAAUAAGUAGUGGUUAGCAUUUUGAAGCUGAAAGUUCUUUAUGUUUAAAUUGGUACAGUUCUGUUGUGUCUUUGGAUCUGUGUUCCAUUGUACUUUUCAGUUUAGCAGUGUUUGAAAGGAUAAUAGUUUUAUCUUUCUGUUAUGGAAUGGAUCUAUUGUUAAUGUUACUGAAAAGAUAUGUAAUCAUUGAUGAAUUUAAAACUUAUUUAUCUGUUUGUUUAUGAUUAGUAAAGCAAAAUAAAUUUAAUACUUUUAUGAUUUCUAUUUCCAGGCAAGAAUAGACAAUUAUCCAGGAUAAUGGAGAGAACAAGAAUCAUAAUUACUUGAGUCACAGAUAAUAAAAAAUUAUCUUAAUUUUUACUCAUAAACAUUUUAAAUUACAAACUGUAAUAAGCAAGGCAAGCAAAUAGAUGUUGAAUAGCCUGCUAUUUUCUUAGCAACUGUUGUUCUGCACAUACACAAGCCUUUUGCUCCUAAAUGAAUACAUUGCUUGUCAAGUGUCUACACAUUCUCUCACUUUAAAAUAUGAUGCAGUCAAAGAUGAUGUUUCUCACCUGCCAGUAAUUCAAAUUCCUGCAGUAUUUCUGCUUUAGUAUCUCCUGGUUUGCUUAAUAUGUUUAUGUUUGGGUCAGGAUUAUGACGUGAUUGUGAGCGCAUUAGUAGCACUGGUGUCAAGUGUCAAGAAGUGUUUAGUUUAGUCUUAACCUCUCCUGUUUUAGCAAAAAUAUGCAGUAGAAUGAGAAAUGCGCCUUAAACAAUAGACUGGUAGAAGCAUGUGACUGGACACAAGUACCUACAUAGUUUUGUAUUCUUUACUAAACUAAACAAGUGGUGGAAAACAGAAAAAAAGUUAUACACACAAUCUACAAACAGAAUAAUCUGCAUGUGGAUAAUGGGGAGUAUAUUUAUUUCUAAAAUUGAAUUUGUGUCAGAAAUUUACAUGAUUGUAUUAAAUUAGUUUUGUGUGUGCUGUCAGAAUUUGUAAUAUGAAGGUUAAUAAUUCAGGCCUAAAAAUGUUUAUGAUAUUAUAUCCUAAAUUUCUGCAACCGCAAAGUCCAGAUUACUAGUUGGUUAACUUCUUUCUUCAAUUAUUUAAUAAUGCUUUUUCAUCUGAGUUGAAUAGCAUUAAGUGGGAAGGUGGUUGUGAAUGAGUUGAGAAGGAUGAGGGAUGAAGUGACUAUGCCCUGUUGUAAGACACUGCCCUUGAAUUUAUCUGGUCUCUCAGCUGAUAUUCAAACCCAGGACUUUUUGAAUACAAAGCAUGUGCUGCUAACCACUACACUAUGAAGUUGAUCCAGAUUACUAACAUCACUUGAGUAAAUGAAAUAACUUUCAAGUUUGUCAAAUUUUGAUUGCUUGUAUUUUCAGGAAAAUGAAAGUAAGGUAUUUUGUGAGAUCUGUUCCAUACAUUCAGAGUUGUAAGAUUAUGAGAUAUUUUUAGGGAAAUAAAUAUGGGAGGAUGGAGUGGAUUCAACUGGCUCUGGGUUGAGUUCAUGUGUAGGUCUUUAUGAACAGUGGUGCACCUUCAUGUUCCAUAAUAACAUAAUUUCUUGACCAGUAGAGCAUCUGCCUGUUCAAGGAAGACUCUGUUCUGUACAGUUAGUUAUGUUUCAUUGUUUCUUUAUUUUUUGACAAAAAAAGUGUUACAUGGAUGAGAAUGUUUGGGAAUCAUUGUUUAUCUCUGAUGCAGAUUAAGACAAUGAAUGAUAUUUAUAUCCAUUUAUACUCUUUUGAAAACAUUCCAUGCUCUUUAUGAUUUUUACCAGCAUAUGAGGCUUGAUCAAAAUGUAUUGGGACUGAACGUAUGAAAACUAAGAUUACUUUUGUGGAUGGGAGGUUAAUCAUUUAGGUUUGGGGACAGAAAGAAGUCACACUGAUCAGGUAUUGUCUCAUUUGUUGAAUACUGUAUCUAGCCAAACAGUACCUCACAGGGUGGGGUAAAUGGUGGAUUAAAGAAAAUGCCCUUCAUUUGGUAAGAUUGGGUUGCAACAAAGAAUGGUACUUCCACUGUAAUGAUUGCUGCUUACUGUUAGUGCCAUAAUCACAGAACCAUGUUUCAGUGCCUAUUAUACUACGAGUGAUUGCAGUAACAUGCCAGGAUAAGUUCAUCACAAUUGUGUCCUUCAACAUUGCAAUUUAUCUGAGAUAUGUUUUCAGUCUUGAUACUUUUGAUCAGAUCUCUUGUUUCACAGGUAUAUGACUACAUAGUGUUUUGUGUUUAUGUGAAUGUUUUGUACAAAUAUUAGUUACAUUAUACAGUAUAUUUGCUGUUU